UGGUGUUUUAGCGAAAAGAGAAGCAGAAAGUUGCUGGUAUCAGUUCUGGCUUCAUUCCUCCAACUGUAAACAUGGUGCUGCUGAUUCUGCUGCUGUUCACGGUCACAAGUGAUGGCCAGGCUCAGCGGGUGCUCGGCCUGAAGAAGGACGACUCAUGUGUGUGUGAGGUAAACUCCACCGUGUGGUCUUUCCCUGUUGUGAAGUAUGAGACUGUGUUACAGCAGGUUCAUACCUGUGAAGGAUCUAUGAACAGCCUGGCGGAACAGCUGAAGAUAUCCAGCCAGCGUCUCCCUCAGAUCCAGGCUCAGGUUACCUCCUUGACAGCCAGGCUGGGGCCUUACAAGUACCUGCACAACCAGGGCCUGUACUCUGCUCUGUCUCUGCGCCUUCUGGGCCAGCAGCUCAGCCAGCUAGAGACAGAUGUUGGUGUUGUCCACAGCCAGCUGAACAAUGCACAGACAAAGAAGCUCUCCAAAGAGGUGGUUAAACUGCGGACACAUGUGGACAGGUUAGAAACAGCUGACUUAGUUAACAUGAAGGCUGUAAAGGAGAAACUGCGCUACCUAAAGAAUAAUGUGGAGUCCUGCAAAUCAAUCCCCAAAGACUUCAGAGGCCAGGACAGAAACUGCCUUAAGGGCUUGAUCACCAGCAUCAGUGACCCUGUAACAACCAAGCUCAGUCCUUUUGGUAAGAGCUACAUCUCUGGUUCAUGGGGCAAACAGGCCCAGAUGGAGAACGAGGACCAGAAAUACAGCUACUGGAUUCAGCCUCUGGAAACUAGCCACAUCUGGGGCACCACUCUACGUGUUUACCAAAAUUAUGAAGAUUUCAUGGCCUCAACAAACCACAAAGACUUUACAUUUGCCUCAUCGUACAGCCAUCCCAAUGCCAUUGAGGGUCCCAGUGCUGUGCUGUACGGUAAGGCUCUGUACUAUAACUGCUACCGCUCUGCAGACGUUUGCCGGUACGACCUGGAGACCAACGAGGUCAAACGGGUGACUCUUCCAGGCACCGGUGUGGGUUUCAACAACAAGUUCCCCUAUUGUUACUACGAUUGCCGGCUCAAUAGUGAUAUUGAUGUAGAGGCAGAUGAAACAGGACUGUGGGCUCUCUAUGCCACUCUGGGUAACCAUGGAAACCUUGUGAUCAGCCGGUUAGUUUGGGAUGGUGAGACCAAGACUCUCAACGUGACACAGACGUGGGAAACAAGGCUGUUCAAGAAGGCAGUGAGCAACGCCUUCAUGGUGUGCGGUGUGAUGUACGCGACUCGUUAUGUUAAUGAGUACCGGGAGGAGGUGUUCUACGCCUUUGACACAGCCACAGGCAAAGAAGACAACUCACUAGCAAAACGACUGGAGAAGGUAGCUAAAGGAGUGGCUAGUCUGAGCUACAAUCCCACCAACAAGCAGAUCUACAUGUACAACGAUGGAUACUUGCUGGCCUACCAGGCCCACUUCUGAUCUUCUGAUCAAACAGUUAAUGAAAUAUGAUACAGCAACAAAAAAGCAAUGAUUUAUGAUGCAAAUGCUAAAGUUAUAUCAUAUAGACUAUUAAGAUUGUUCUUCUAACAUAAUGUACUUUAGUAACACUGAAUGGAAACAUCAGCUGAGAUCAUAAUAAAGUCUUUGGUAACAAUAAACUUA